AUGGCUAUCCGACUGUGUGGAAUGAACUCAGAAGAGACCAUGACUCUGACCAAGGAAAUGGUAGCUUCAGGAUGUGUGCUGACAUGGCCAGAAGAAUGGCGUGGGUUGUUGGUGGACAAGCAUUCAACAGGAGGGGUUGGAGACAAAGUAAGCCUGCCUCUGGCACCAGCACUCGCUGCCUGUGGAUGCAAGGUUCCAAUGAUCAGUGGAAGAGGACUGGGACAUACUGGUGGCACACUGGAUAAGUUGGAAUCAGUUCCAGGGUUUAGCUCCAGGCACAGCCCUGAGCAGAUGUUAGAAAUCCUUCACUCUGUUGGCUGUUGUAUUGUUGGGCAGUCUGAAAAUCUUGUCCCAGCAGAUAAGAUACUCUAUGAGAUGCGAGAUGUUACAGCGACAGUGGACAGUUUGCCUCUGAUAACAGCCUCAGUGAUGAGCAAAAAGGUGGCUGAAAGCCUUUCUGCACUGAUCCUUGAUGUCAAGUUUGGUGAAGCAGCUCAAAGUCCAACCAUUGAAGAUGCAAGAAGGCUGGCACAUAGUCUUGUGAGUGUAGGAGUCUCUCUUGGAAUCCCUACAAUUGCUUUAAUAACUAAUAUGGAUAAUCCAAUCGGUCAUUGCGUUGGAAACAGUUUGGAAGUUAUUGAAGCACUGAAAUGUCUGGAAGGAAAAGGGCCAGAAGAUCUCAGGGAACUUGUCACACGCACAGGUGGAUACCUCCUCUGGCUUUGUGGUCAGGCUGUGUCAGACUCUCAAGGUGCUGAGAAAAUUGCCAAAGUGUUGGAUGAUGGAUCUGCUUUGCAAUGUUUCCGAAAGAUGAUGGAGGCUCAAGGGGUGCAGCCUGACAUAGCAAGGAGUCUUAAUUCUAACAGCAAUUUGGGAAACGCAUCUCACAUAGAAGAGCUGAUAGUGCAGACAACAGGUCAGCAUGUUUAUCUCACUCACAAUGGCAGUCUGUCAUUACAUAGGUAUGAUGUAUAA